UACAUUAGUGACGUUUUCUUCACUUAUUUGAAUACUUGUCUGAGAAGCUAGUGAUCUCACUGAUGCUUGCUGAUAUUUGCCUUUGAAAAAGGAGGAGGAGGAGGAGUGAGAGAGAAGGAGAAAAGGGUGAGAGAAGGAGUGAGACCUGAUUGGAUUGGAGGGAGAGUAGAGGAGGUAUGGGGAUACAAUGAGCUGAGAGAGAGAGAGAGAGAGAGGGAGCGCAUGUGAGGAAGGGAGGGGGUUUGGAGUCAGAGUGAAUGCAGCUUGCACUGCUGUGCUUUGGAAUUACAGCUAUGAACAUUGUCUGGGACUUGAAAAAGAAAGGAAAGCAAAGGAGAAAAGGAGAGAGAGUGGAAGAGAAACAUUACAGAGCCUCUUGAUGCUCGACGCUGAAGAGAGUGUGUGAGAAGGAAAGGAGGAGGCGCACCGGAGGAGCUUCACACGAUCCUCUCAUCUUCAGUUCCUGAGCAGACCGGCCUGUUGUCCCUCAUCACCGGGGUCGGCAUUGGAACUGCGUCUCACCACAGUGUGCAGUGCUCCAAGCCGGCUCUGCUCAGAAUGGCUCCACAGAGCAGGGAUUGUGUUAACCUGAGGAGGACCACUCUCACACAGGGGUUUUAAGCAACGCAAGGCCACGAGACUCUGAUGAGGAAGUUCUCUCUGGUGUCAUCUGCGGCUCUGUUUGCUUCCACGGACGUCGGAGCAGCCAUAACUCGACCUGCCUCCAUCCAAGAGGCGCUAUUCCUAGAAAAGAGGGAGUGUGUGGCGUGCCAAAGCUCAUUCCUGAACUCCUGAAGGGAGGAGCCGUGGGAAUUGGAGGGGUAGCUGGAUUGAUGAAGGUGCUGGAGAACAGAGCGUGAGCGCUGGGCUCCAUAAUCAGUUCAUCCUCCCAGACACUUGAGCUCUGGAGGAUUUUUGCUCUGAGACUUUAUAUACCUUUCACUAUAAGUUUUGAAUAUAUUCUAAUUUCUUUGCUCAAGCCGAUGCUCCCCUUCAUCAAAUGUGGCAGGUGGGCCUGAGGAACGCUUCUCUGUGAAACUAAAGGUAACAGCGUGUAAGGUAGAGUGAGGUGGCAAAGGAAAGCAGGGUAAAAUUGCUGACUGGUCCUGGAACGUUUGAGUUGGAGUGCGUCUGUGCAAGACUUAGAAGGCCUUUGUAGUAAUGGAUGAGAGUUUGUGCCGAGGGAUGACAGAAAGUGGCAGCUAGACGGCAAUGCAUAACCGAAACCUCUAUGUGUGCAAAGGAGAGUGCGUUUGUGUGCGGAUGAGCAUGCAGGAGCAUGUGAUUGUCUCUAGGAGUGCAGAAUUCUGAGAAUUGGCCAUUAUUGCCGCUCCCUCCUAUUUUUGUGCUUGAGCCGGGAGGGUCAACAUUAACAGCGAGAGAGAGAGAGAGAGAGGGACAGAUACAGCAACAAAUAAAUAAAUAACAGAGACAAUUCAGUUUUCUGUCACCAUUUUGGUGCCAAUUGGUGGGUUUUUUUUUCCUCUGAGUGCUUGAGCUUUGUAAAAAAAAAAAAAAAAAAAACUACUUUGUCCCAUCGAAAUGGAUUUAUUAUAAGAAUCAGAGCUUGUGAAGGGCUCUCAGAUGGAAUACCUUCUCCUUUGAGACUCUCCACACCACUCCAUUUCUGUGACUUUCAUCCUGUCGUCCUAGAGGACGUGUUGCAUUUCCCCGGAGGACUGCGUUCACUUGUUACCACAGCAAUCCAUGGCAUCCUGUUCCUGACAAGGUCCGCUUCAUUCUGGGGUGCUAUAGGCAGCAGAAGGCAUCUCCAUGAGGAGCGGUAGAAGAUGCCGGAACUGCCAGCGCUCCUGCUGUCGAUUUACUUCCGCUUCCUGUUAGUCACUGUGGUCACUAUGCCGCCUUCUUCCCUGAGCCAGACCCCUGUUCUGUCAUCCGUACGGAUGGCGGCAAUUUUGGAUGACAGCUCUGUCUGUGGGCGUGGGGAGCGGUUAGCUUUAGCAUUAGCGCGCGAGAACAUCAACAGUGUGAUGGAGGGCCCGGCUCGUGCUCGCGUGGAGGUCGACAUAUUUGACCUCCAGAAAGACUCUCAGUAUGAGACCACAGAUACUAUGUGCCAGAUUCUGACAAAGGGCGUGGUCUCUGUGAUUGGCCCCGCCUCCAGCCCUGCCGCUGGCUCCAUAGUCAGUCACAUCUGUGGGGAAAAGGAGAUUCCGCAUGUCAAAAUCGGUCCGGAAGACACUCCACGGCUUCCUUACCUGCGCUUUGCAUCUGUGACUCUGUAUCCUAGCAACGAGGAUGUGAGCCUUGCCAUCGGAGCCAUCCUACGCUCCUUCAGCUACCCAUCGGCUAGUCUGGUCUGCGCUAAGGCCGAAUGUCUGCUGAGACUAGAGGAGCUGAUAAGACGGUUUCUGAUCUCUCGGGAGACGCUGUCAAUCAGGAUGCUGGAUGACAACCUUGACCCUACGCCUUUACUAAAGGAGAUUCGUGAUGACAAAAUAGCUACGAUAAUUAUUGAUGCUAAUGCAUCUAUAUCUUACCUUAUACUGAAAAAGGCGUCAGAGUUGGGAAUGACAUCAGCGUUUUACAAGUACAUCCUCACAACUAUGGACUUCCCGUUGCUGUGGUUGGAUGAUAUAGUGGAUGAGCAGUCAAACAUCGUGGGCUUCUCAAUGUUUAACACCACCCACCCAUUUUACCUGGAGUUUAUCAGGAGCCUUAACCUGUCCUGGAGAGAGGGCUGUGACAUUAACCCUUACCCUGGACCAGCGCUGUCGUCGGCGCUGCUGUUUGAUGCUGUUCAUGUGGUGGUGAGUGCAGUGCAGGAACUCAACCGGAGUCAGGAGAUUGGUGUCAAACCUCUCAGUUGCACCUCCCCUCAGAUCUGGCAACACGGAACCAGCCUCAUGAACUACCUGCGUAUGGUGGAGUAUGAUGGUUUGACAGGUCGAGUUGAGUUCAACAGUAAAGGCCAGAGGACCAAUUACUCCCUCCACAUCCUGGAGAAGCACAGGGGUGGCCACAAAGAGAUUGGGAUCUGGUUCUCUAACAACACUCUGCUGAUGAACUCCACCAGUCUGGAUAUCAACGUGUCUGAGACUCUGGCUAACAAGAGCCUCAUCAUCACCACUAUACUGGAGAACCCGUAUGUGAUGAGGAAGGUGAAUUACCAGGAGUUUGAGGGGAAUGAGCAGUACGAGGGUUUUUGUGUGGACAUGUUGAGAGAGCUGGCUGACACUCUCAAGUUCACCUUCCGCAUCAAACUGGUGGACGAUGGCCUGUAUGGAGCACCUGAACCCAACGGCUCAUGGACAGGCAUGGUGGGAGAGCUGAUCAACAGGAAAGCUGAUUUGGCUGUAGCAGCUUUUACCAUCACAUCUGAGAGAGAGAAGGUCAUUGACUUCUCAAAACCCUUCAUGACCCUGGGCAUCAGUAUUCUCUACAGGGUCCAUAUAGGCAGGAAGCCAGGUUAUUUCUCCUUCCUGGAUCCCUUCUCACCGGCUGUUUGGCUCUUUAUGCUGCUGGCUUACCUCGCUGUCAGCUGUGUGCUCUUUCUUUCUGCUAGGUUGAGUCCAUAUGAAUGGUAUAACCCUCACCCGUGUCUGCACGAGCGCAGAGACCUGCUGGAGAAUCAGUACACUCUAGGAAACAGCCUGUGGUUUCCUGUGGGGGGCUUCAUGCAGCAGGGGUCAGAGAUCAUGCCCCGAGCCCUCUCCACACGGUGUGUCAGUGGGGUCUGGUGGGCAUUCACUCUCAUAAUAAUCUCUUCAUACACAGCGAAUCUGGCUGCGUUUCUGACAGUGCAGAGAAUGGAAGUGCCAAUCGAAUCCCCAGAUGACCUGGCCGAUCAAACCAAUAUCCAGUACGGCACCAUUCAUGGAGGAAGCACCAUGACCUUUUUUAUGAACUCUCGUUAUCAAACGUAUCAGCGGAUGUGGAACUACAUGUAUUCAAAGCAGCCCAGUGUCUUCGUGAAGAGCACAGAGGAGGGCAUUGCACGAGUCUUGAACUCUAGAUAUGCCUUCCUGCUUGAGAGCACCAUGAAUGAGUAUCACCGCAGCCUCAACUGUAAUCUCACUCAGAUCGGAGGCCUGCUGGACACCAAGGGUUAUGGAAUCGGCAUGCCUCUCGGUUCUCCCUUCAGAGAUGAGAUCAGUCUGGCAGUGCUACAGUUGCAGGAGAAUAACAGGUUGGAGAUCCUGAAGAGAAGAUGGUGGGAGGGAGGGCAGUGUCCCAAAGAGGAAGACCACCGCGCCAAAGGUCUUGGGAUGGAGAACAUUGGCGGUAUAUUUGUGGUGUUAAUCUGUGGCCUGAUUAUUGCUGUGUUUGUUGCUGUGAUGGAGUUUGUGUGGUCCACACGCCGAUCAGCUGAAACAGACGAGGUGUCUGUAUGUCAGGAGAUGCUGACAGAGUUCCGUAAUGCAAUUUCCUGCAAGAAAAGUUCUCGUCUUCGCCGCCGGCGACCCCUGUCCAGCUCUCUGGCCCUUCGACACCCCACUCGCAUCACUUUAGGGGCCCCACGGCCCCUGCGCCUUGUCCGAGAGAUGCGUCUUAGCAACGGAAAGCUCUACAGCGGUACUGGACCCCUGACAGGAAGUUCAGGGCCAGGAGGAGGCCCCUCAGACAUGGGCCCCGGCCCCCAGCGACUUCUGGAGGACCCGUUAGGUGUCAACAGCACCCCCACAGUGGCCCUGGGUCCACCUGCAGUGACAGUGCCUCUGCCGCGGGGCUGCACUCAUGUGCGCAUUUGCCAGGAGUGCCGGCGUAUCCAGAGUCUACGCACGACCUCUUGCACACGUAUCCCUCCCUCCUCGGCCCCUCUGCCUCGCCUGGCCCCGCCCCCUCCACUCUCAUCCUCCAAUACAGACAGUGAAGGCGGCGGUGGGCUGAGCCCGUGCCGAAUAGGCCACUCCCCGCCAGCAACUUUACCACCACCUCAGUCUAGCAACAACACAGACAUAAAUGGAGAGCAGAAAUGAGAACAGAGAGACUGACAAAAGGGGAAGACAGAAGUAUGACACAUUUUUGCAGUAUUUGCCCCUUUUUGUUCAAAAUCACAGACAAAUGCGCUUUCCAUAUUUUAUUUGGUACGAGAAAAUUAUUCUUUUUUUUUGGAUAGACAUGUCUCAUCAAUGAUUCUUAUGUACUACUGAACAAUGUACUAUAACAUUGCCUGUGUCUGAAGCAACCUUGAAAAUGUGAUGGUAAAGCAUUAAGACGACAGGCAGCACAGAGUUAUUAACCUUCCCCUUGAUUCUGAUCUUCUGGCAGCACACAGACGUCUGCUUGCAAUUCCCUUCAGUGACUGAAAUCAGUCUCUAUGUUACGACAGAGGUCACACACAGGAAGUAGCACAGAGAGGCUCUCCUUUGGACAUCAUUGUCUCAAUGAUACUGUCCAGAUCAGAGCCAGACCACGACUGAAUGAGAGCACAUGCUUUAACGGAGGACAAUGACACUAUGAA